UGUGCUGCAUAUAAGGUGUUUCCAAACCCAUUGAGAGACUCAUCCUAUCCCUGGGAGCUUCUCCAGAGAACCCAAAGAGCAGCAGAACAAGAGACAGCAUGGCUGCUGUGCCAAAGAUUGACUGGAAGCUGGAAGCCAAUGGCAGCGCGCACCACACCGAGCAGUACCCCGGCACCGAGCUGGUGGUACGACGGGCACAACCUUUCAAUAUCUCUCUGGCCUUCGGUGGAGCAGCGCCAGCUCCAGGCAGCCUCAAGUUCACCGUCGAAACAGGAUCGACCUCUGCCCUGCAGGACAAGACCCGCGUGGCUUUUGGCAUCUCCAGCGCCGCACCCAGCGGCGGCUCCUGGGGCGCCGUCCAGGCCUCUCCGGCGGCUUCGGGCUCCCUGAGCAUCGCCAUUUCCAGUCCUGCGAGUGCCGCCAUCGGGCGCUACCGGCUGGGGAUCAAAACGAACACCGGCGCCUCCCACCUCGGCACUUUCGUGCUGCUCUUUAACCCCUGGGUGACAGGAGACGACGUCUUCAUGGGCAACGAAGCGGAGCGCAAGGAAUACGUCCUCUCUGAGUUCGGCGUCGUCUUCGUGGGCAGCGCGAACCGCAUCUCCACCGUCGGGUGGAACAUUGGCCAGUUUCAAGAGGACAUUUUGGAUGUCUGCCUUGCCAUCCUAGACCGGAGCUUGAGCUACCGCAAGGACCCAACUGCUGACGUGCGCAGACGGAAUGACCCCAAAUACGUUGGGCGGGUGCUCAGCGCCAUGGUCAACAGCAAUGACGACAGAGGAGUCCUGCAAGGAAACUGGAGUGGGAAUUACAGUGGUGGGGAGAGUCCAAGCAGCUGGAAUGGAAGCGUGGACAUCUUGAGGAAAUGGAAGGACUCAGGAUUUAGACCUGUCCUGUAUGGGCAGUGCUGGGUCUUUGCUGGAGUGCUGACUACAGUCCUCCGAUGCCUGGGAAUUCCAGCACGCAUGAUCUCCAAUUUCAAUUCUGCCCACGACACCGACAAAAACCUGACUGUGGACGAGUACUAUGACAGCUCUGGGAACCCCCUGAACAUUGCUUCCGACAGUGUCUGGAACUUCCAUGUCUGGAAUGAAGGUUGGUUUGUCCGGCCGGACCUGGGAUCCCAGUUCAAUGGGUGGCAAAUUCUGGAUGCAACUCCCCAGGAGAGGAGCACAGGCAUCUUCCAGUGCGGUCCAGCUUCACUGACGGCCAUCAAGGAAGGAGAUGUUGACCUGAACUACGAUUGCCCAUUUGUCUAUGCGGAGGUCAAUGCUGACCGCGUCACCUGGACGUAUGACACGGACACGGGAAAGAAAACGAAGGUCUACUCUGAAACCAAGACGAUUGGCCAGAAGACAAGCACCAAGGCCGUGGGCAGCAAUGCCCGCCGGGAUGUUACCAACAAUUAUAAAUACCCAGAAGGCUCAGAGAAGGAAAGAGCCAUCUUCAAAAAGGCCAGCGAGAAGCUGAACCUGGACACGUUCAAUGCCAUAUCUGCCAAGGGUCUGAACCCCAACCUCUCAGGGACUCUGAAGUCCAAGAGCCCUGAGCCAAAGGUUGGUCAGGAUGUUGACUUGGUCUUCACCCUGAAGAACCUCGCCUCCGAGGCCAGGAGCCUGACGGCCAAGAUGACCGCCUGGUCCAUCGUUUACAAUGGGAAGCUCAUUAAUGAACUCUGGAAGGACUCUCUCGAGGUGACUCUGGGACCACAAGAAGAGAAAAAGUUUCCUCUCAAGAUCUCAUAUGCUGAGUACCAGCAACGCCUGACACCAGACAACAUGAUUCGAACCACAGCCUUGUGCCAACUCUCACAGGGGAAUGAAAUUGUGGUGGAAGGAGACAUCACACUGGGCAACCCCUCCAUCACCUUGAAAGUGCUGGGACAGGCGAAAGUGGACCAGCCGCUGAAGGUGGAGGUGGCCUUCACCAACCCCCUCAAUGAAGAAGUGAAGGACUGUGUGCUGCAGGCAGAGGGCAGUGACUUACUGGCAGAGAGGCUCAAGCUGAAUGCGCCACCCCUGCAGGCCAAGCAGAGCACCCGCCUCGAGUUCGAGGUGAAGCCCACGAAGAGUGGGACGAAGCAGCUGCUGGUUAAUUUCUCCUGUGACCAAUUUCAAGACAUCAAAGCCUUUGAGACCAUUAAUGUCUCUGCCUGAGCAUGACUAGCCAUGGGGCAGCUGCCAGGAGGAUGGAGCCAAGCGGUAGAAGGGGGAGCCUGCGCACAGGGGGGCCUCAGCCCCGUUGUUUUCAU